UUAUUUUUUAGUGUUGAGAUAUUUUUUUCCUUUUUUUAUUGUUAUUAAUUAUUACAAAUUUACUACGAAACGCUUGUAUUUUAUUGGCAUCGAUUUGCGUAUUGGACGUUGAGCAAUCAUGAUUUUCACUGUCUAAUUGUUUAGUAGAAUUGACCGAACACACAACCACGUCAUAUUCGCUGUCCGCACAUAUUUUUUAAACAGAAAAAUGUUUUAAACUUCACAACAUGAAGUCUACAGAUAAACCAGAUUAUGACAGAAGGUACCAAGAAGAUCUUGAAAAAGCCCAAGCUCUAAGUUUGGAAACUUUGGCUCUUGAAGAAUUUCGAAAUCAAAAGUUGAAAUCUGAAUCUUCGACAUGUAAUGAAAAAUCUGCAGUAUCAACAUCUACAAUUCAGACACGUUCAAUGUCUCUUAUAGAAAAAACAGUUAACUCUAAUGACUUAUCUAGAUCACGGCCCAGACCGGGCUCAUUCAACACAGGUGAACCAUUAUUACCACGUAUAAAACCACCUCCACGCCGAAAUACUACAGUCAUUCCAAAAAGUAGUACUAAUGAUUCAAUCAAAGAUUUAUUUAGCCUUGACUCACCACCAAUUAAUGAUCUCAUGAACAAUUUGGAACCAUUUAAUUUUUUAGAUGGGAAUAAAAAGCCUCACACAAGUGAUAAUAACUCAACAUUCCAGAAUCUAUGUGUUACUGCAAACACGCCAAAUGUUAAUUUAAACCAAAAUCAAUUUAGUGGGUCACAUGAUCUUAAACAAAACUUAGAUGUAUUAUACCAAGGUUAUUUCUCUUCAAACAAUUUUACUGGAUAUCCUACUGGUCACCAAAUGACAGUUCCUCCUCAAACCUUCUGGCAAGGGCAAACUAUCAGUAGCUGGUCUACAAGUAGUGUAACUCAAACUCAACAAUUAACAAGUAGCACAAAUAAUAUACAAACACAGAAUUCACUAGUUGGGAUAAAACCAGACAUUUUUGUUCCAAGUGUCAUAAAAAAACAAAACAACAAUAAUCUCAUUGAUUUAAACUUUUUUGAUAGUAUUGAAAAUCCUAAGGAAAAAUGUUCAAAUGUUAGGACAAGUGUUCUUGAAGAUUUUGAUCCACUUCUCUUCGGACAAUCACAUAUAAGUUCUUCUGCUGAAUUUGACCAAGAUAAAAACGAGUCGUUAUAUGCCACAUAUGACCCGUUUGAUUACAUGUAUUCUCCAUCAAUAUCGUCUCAAUUAUCAGACCCAAUUUAUGCCGCUGUUAUAAAGACACCCAUAAAUUCACCUCCGCCAUUACCACCUAGGAGUUCUUUGACUCCAAAAGAAUCAAAAGCAUGCAAAAGUUUAUCAUAUGAAAAUGUUGGUCUAGUAAAAAGACCAUCUGUGUUUUAUGAUCCUGACAUWGUAGCAUUUCAUACAAUGGUCAAGAAAGUUAGAAGAACAUUUAUUUAUUCUGAUCUAAGCACAAAUGAAGGGAUAGUAGUGUGUUCAAAAUUUGAAAACAAUCUGCAUCAAAACACAAGUACUAAAUUUAUAGUUCACUGCGAACCAACUAGGAAAACACCAAUUAUAUUUACUUGUGAUGUUGGGAGUAGUGUUGAACACGUCAUAUCACAUGUGAUUUGUGAAUUAGAUCUGGAAGAUGCACAUCCUAGUGAUUAUUUUCUAAAAGUAAAACAGUUUUCUGAAUAUAUGCUGMCAAUGAAUACUCCAGUCAUUAAUUUUGAAUGUGUUCAUGAGUGUAUUAAACUUGACAAAGAUGUUGAACUUGCUCUUCUCCAUAAGGACGAUGUUGUUCGUAUUUAUGCUCGACAGGCUCAAGACGACGUUCGUGAUAAUGAAUUAGAGUUGAGUGAUUUGUGUCCCAAUGAACCAUCUCAACCGAUCACACAUGAUACAUUGAAAAUUCUUCUUGAUACGCUUGAUGGUGAAAUGCUWAAAAUUCAAGACCAUACUGUUUCUCUUUUUAAAAAGCGAACUAAAACACCUUUACAAGCUACUGGUGUUCAACAAGCUGUGAAAGCAUUGAUUGCUUUCUUAGGAAAUAUUGAACCAAUGGACAUUACUUUGACAUUAAAUAACUUUGUUACCUCGUGUAAUGAAAUUUCAAAUGUCAUACAGGAUGUGUAUGGUUCUCGAACUGAAGUGAUCUCUGAUGAUGGUUCAGAUUAUUCAGUUGUGAGGUUGAAAUUCAAUGAGACUGAAAAAUUAGAUCAUAUUACUGAUGUGUGCUUAAAAAUUAAAGAAAACGUGCAAACAUUAAUUGAAAAUUAUUGUAAAGCUUUCAAAGUUGAUUUUCAGUUAAAUUUUAAUUCUUCACAAUUAACAGGAUCAAAAUUUUCUUCAAAAAUACCAGAUAAUGUUUUGAUAUAUGCUAGCUGUUUGCAUCGAUUAUUUUCUUCAUGGAGUCAUGAUGAAUAUUUAAUUGCUGCUCAAAUAUAUCACGGUACUAGACCAAUUGGUAACACUGUGCUUUCUAAAGCUGUUAUAGCUGAACAUUCAAUUUAUAAACGUGUAGUUUUUGAGUCAUGGCUGGAAUUUGAAAAUAUGAGUUUAUGUUUGUUACCAAGAGAGAGCCGAUUGGUUUUAGUCGUUUAUGGCAGAACAUUUAAUACAGAAGUACAAGAUACAUCAGCUACAGUUUCUCAAACAGAACUUGGAUGGGGUUCCAUACAGUUUUUCAAUGUUGAAGGAGAGUUUUCUCAAGGAAAACAUUUGUUAUCACUUUGGCCUCCAUGUGCUGAUAAACGUCUUGGUCCAGCACCAGCACCUGGUACACACCCAUACAGUCAUUCACACCCGGUUCUCAGUAUUGAAAUUCAAGAGUUUGAYUUUAAAAUAUUAUUUCCUCCAGAAUUUAAAGAUAAUCGUAUAAUUAAUAGUGAAAGUUUUGAUUUUACAAGUUUAGAUUUAAAUACUCAAGAACAAUUAUUGCAUAUAAUUUAUCAAGAUACUUUUACUAGACCUUUGUCGGAGGAUAGGGAAGUUUUGUGGGAAAAGAGAUACUAUCUUUUAUCAAAACCUAUUGCCUUACCUAAGGUAUUGUUGGCUGCUCAUAGUUGGGACUAUGCAUGUUUGGCCGAUCUACAUUCAAUGCUCAAUUCUUGGUCACCCAUUGAACCUUUAGAUGCAUUACAGUUAUUCUUACCAUGUUUUCCUGACAAUGAAGUACGUCGUUUGGCUGUUAAGCGAAUACGAUUACUGAGUAAUGAUCAACUAAUUGAUUUUCUUCCUGAACUGGUUCAGGCCAUAAAGCAUGAAACAUAUGAUAAUUCUCCAUUGGCUGAGUUUUUAUUAGAAAAAGCUCUGUCAUCACCUACUAUUGCACACAAUCUUUAUUGGUUUCUCAUUCAGCCACUUCCUGGACAAUCACCUCAGAAUUCUUACGACAUUCAUAGUCCUGAUGAUAAAACAGUGAGCGAGUCACGUUAUUAUAGAAGAUUGCAAUUGUUGUUGAGGGCAUUAAUUGCAACUUGUGGUGAAGCACUUAGAAAGUGUUUUUUGUCUCAACAGCUUUUAAUGAAGGAAUUAUAUGACACUGCAGAAAAUGUUAAAGUCAGCAAAGAAUCUCACAGACUUAAAGUACUGAUCCAAGAUUUAACUAAUAUUGACCAAAGUUUAAGGGAUAUUCCUACUUGUCUACCACUUAGUCCAAGUAUGCAAGUGUGUGGCAUUCAAAUAAAAUCAUGUUAUUAUUUUCCUUCCAAUACUUUACCACUAAAAAUCAAUUUUAAUUGCUUGGAACCAAAUGUUUCAAUUUCGGCUAUUUUUAAGGUAGGCGAUGAUCUACAACAAGAUAUGUUAACCAUUCAGAUUAUAAGGUUAAUGGACAAAUUAUGGCUAAAAGAAGGGCUGGACCUAAAAAUGGUAACAUUUGCUUGUGUUCCAACUGGUGAAAAGAGAGGUAUGAUUGAAAUGGUCACAAAUGCAGAAACUUUAAGAAAAAUACAAAUUGAAUUAGGAUUAACUGGUUCAUUUAAAGAUAGACCUAUAGCUGAAUGGUUGGCUAAACACAAUCCAUCUGCUCUGGAAUACGAAAGAGCAGUUGCAAAUUUUACAGCAUCAUGUGCUGGAUAUAGUGUUGCUACAUAUAUUCUUGGAAUAUGUGAUCGUCACAAUGAUAACAUAAUGAUGAAGACUACUGGGCAUCUGUUUCACAUUGAUUUUGGCAAAUUUUUAGGAGAUGCACAAACAUUUGGGAACUUCAAAAGAGAUCGCACCCCGUUUGUUUUGACUUCUGAUAUGGUAUAUGUGAUAAAUGGUGGCGAUAAACCAUCUACAAAGUUUCAACAUUUUGUCGAUACAUGCGUUCAGGCAUUUAAUAUUGUUCGCAAACAUGGAAAUUUACUGUUGAAUUUAUUUGGAUUGAUGGCAUCAUCUGGGAUACCUGGGGUUACAAUGGAUGCUGUGAAUUAUGUACAGAAAGCUCUUCUCCCAGAACUGUCUAAUCCAGAAGCAGCCGCUUCUUUUGCUCGAAUGAUUGAAAAUUCAAUAAAAUCUCGUUUUACUCAGUUUAAUUUCUUCUUACAUAACUUGGCUCAAAUGAGAUUUAAUAAUGAACAAAAUGGUACCGAAUUGUUAAGUUUUGUUCCAAAAGUGUACACGAUGGCACAAGAAGGAAAGAUUGUUUGUGUUGAAGUGUAUGGAUGCCAAAAGCGAUAUGAUCCUGAAAAAUAUUAUGUGUAUAUUUUAAAAGUUUUUCGGGAAAACCAAAGGGAUCCUUCAUAUCUGUUUAGGUCUUAUAAAGAAUUAUCUGAAUUCCAACAAAAACUACUACUAUUAUUUCCAUUAGCAAAAUUUUUAAGUUUAUUGAACACUAGUAUUCAUAUGGGACGAUCACAUAUUAAGCAAGUAGCAGAGAAAAGACGCGUGGAAAUACAAAAUUUUUUGAAUACAUUAUUUCAAAUGGCACCUGAAGUAAGCCAUUCAGAUUUAGUAUAUACUUUUUUCCAUCCUCUUCUAAGAGACCAGCAAGAAGCUAGUAUCGAAGAUACUAAACUAAAAGAACCAAAGCAACAAGGUUAUGUCAGAGAAAAUCGUAUAUUAGGUCAAUUAAAAUUGACAUUACAUUAUCAGCGUGGAGCAUUCAUGAUUAUGGUACAUCAUGCCAAAGACUUGCCACGCAUAGCAGGAAAUCAGGAACCAUCGACAUACGUAAAAGUAUACUUGUUACCUGAUCACUCCAAAGCCACUAAACGCAAAACAAAAGUCGUUAAAAAAAAUUGCUAUCCAUCAUUCAUGGAAAUGUUAGAGUAUAGAAUGCCAUUGGAUGUGGUUAGGUAUAAAAUUUUGCAAGCUACUGUGUGGAGUCAUGACUCAUUACAAGAAAAUGAGUUUUUGGGUGGCAUUAUCAUAGAACUCCAUGAUAUUGAUCUGAAUUCAGAGACUACACGCUGGUACAACUUGUCUAAUGUGCACAGGUGACAGUAUGGUGUUUUUUUUAAUAGUACAAUGAGUUUCAGCUAUUGUGAUGAAUUUUUUAUUUUUUAAAAAUUACAAUUGAUUUCGGAUUUUAAAACUACAAUAUUUUAUACAAAUUCCGUAUUCAGAUGUUUAGUUUCAACAUUUAUAGUAUAUUGCUCCCCAAGUAAAUUAUUUGUUUGGGCUAAAAUUGCAUUUUGGUGAUGGAUUCGACUUCACUUCCUGUUMUUAUUUUAUGUUAUAAUGUAUUGAACAAUUUUAAUUCUUUUUAAUUAUUAAUAAUUUUAUAACUUCUACUGUUGGUUAUUAUUAUUAUUUUUUAAUGAUGGUUGAUAAGUAAUUGUCUAAUUGUAUAUUAGAUUUUUAAAGUAUAUUAAGCUUUGAAUUURAGAUAUGUUAUUAAAUACAUACUAUUAACUAUUCAUUAUUAUUGUUAUUUUAUUCAAAAAAUUAUUAUUGUACUGCUAUGAUAGAAGAUAAACAAUUUGUCUGUAUAAUGUAAUUUUCUACUAAUGCGGCCAAAUAAUUCUGACUGGUAGUGGUAGACUUAAUAAGUUAUUUUGUUUGUACAUAUGAUUUUCAUCACUGCAUUUAUCAUAAUAGCAUAUUUUUCAUGGUCUGUUUGUGAUAUAUUUUUUUAAAUGUCUAAUAAUUUUACAUUACAUGUAACCUUCAUUUAAU